UCGGCUUCGCUUGGCGACCGUCAUAUUGGCUGUCAGGAAGACGGAAAGACCACGGCACGGGUGAAAGAGAAGCGGCGGCCGAGGAAGGGGAAUGCGAUAGCUUUUCUCUCAGUAAUACGAAUCGAUAUAAAUUCGGAAACGACUUAUGCACAGCAUGUGUUAAAAAGAAGCCACAGGAAUGAGAAGCGCCGCCGUAUUUUCCCGUGUUUCAGUCGCCACCGCGGAUCGCCAGGGGGAUAUGUGCUUGAGUUCUUUUGAUAGCCAUUUUUUGCAGACAAAAGAGAGCAGUUAAAAUAGGAAGACAAAAGAGAAAAGAAGGUCUCGGUGCCCCGAUCCAUGGAGAAAGUUGGCAAGAUGUGGAGCAACCUGAAGAGCCGAUGCCAGACCCUGUUCCACCCGGAGGGCGCCGGGCGCAGCGAGGGUGGUCUGGAGGUGAACGCCGUGCGCUGCGUGGUGGACCCGGGCCGGGGGGUGUGCCUGGGCGAGCCGCUGGGCUCCCGGGCCGCCAGCCCCGCCCGCAGCCUGUCGCCCAUCCCGCUGGUGGCUGACGGCCUGCAGGGCGCUGGGCGGCGGGGCCACAACUGCGUCUCGGACAUCCCCCAGAUCGUGGAGAUCACCAUCGACAAGGAGGGCGAGGACGGGCGCGGGCCCGGGGGCGCUCCGCUGGCCCGGAGGGACUCCUACUCCCGCCACGCCCCCUGGGGCGGCAAGAAGAAGCACUCGUGCUCCACCAAGACGCAGAGCUCGCUGGAGACGGACAAGCGGCUGGGGCGAUCGCGGGGGGGCGUGCCGCGGCGGGAGCGACGCUACGGCGUCAGCUCCGUCCACGACAUGGACUCGUGCGGCGGGCGCAGCCUGAGCGCCCGCUCCCUGCGGCAACGCAUCCAUGACACGGUGGGGCUGUGCCUGCCGCUGCGGCCCCGUCCGCGCUCCUCCAAAGCCCUCUUCACCUCCAAGCGCAAGAUCCACCUGACGGAGCUCAUGCUGGAGACCUGCCCCUUCCCGCCGGGCUCGGACCUGGCGCACAAGUGGCACCUAAUCAAGCAGCACACGGCGCCGGUCAGCCCGCAGUCCUCCACCACGCUGCUGGACGCCUUCGACCCCGCCCGCGCCUCCCCCGAGGAUGAGGAGGAGCGCCUGCGCGAGAGGCGGCGGCUCAGCAUCGAGGAGGGCGUGGACCCGCCGCCCAAUGCCCAGAUCCACACCUUCGAGGCCACGGCGCAGGUCAGCUCCCUCUACAAGCUGGGACCAAAACUGGCCCCGGGGAUGGGCGAGGGGUCCGGGGAAGGGAGGGGCGGGGCGGGAGGGGGCGCGGGAGGGGCGGGCGCGUCGGGGGCGGCCGGCCUGGCGGCCGCGGUGGGGGCAGCAGCGGCCCCCCAGCCUGUGGAAUGCGACUCGGAGGAGGACUCCACCACGCUUUGCCUGCAGUCGCGCCGGCCCAAGCAGCGGCACACGUCUGGGGACGGCCACCUGGGCCGGCAGGGCCCCUGGAAGGUCCACACGCAGAUCGACUACAUACACUGCCUGGUGCCGGACCUGCUGCAGAUCACCAGCCUGCCCUGCUACUGGGGCGUGAUGGACCGCUACGAGGCGGAGGCGCUGCUGGAGGGCAAGCCCGAGGGCACCUUCCUGCUGCGCGACUCGGCCCAGGAGGACUACCUCUUCUCCGUCAGCUUCCGCCGCUACAACCGCUCGCUGCACGCGCGCAUCGAGCAGUGGAACCACAACUUCAGCUUCGACGCGCACGACCCCUGCGUGUUCCACGCCUCCACGGUCACGGGCCUGCUGGAGCACUACAAGGACCCCAGCUCCUGCAUGUUCUUCGAGCCGCUGCUGACGGCGCCGCUCCACCGCACCUUCCCCUUCAGCCUGCAGCACCUGGCCCGCGCCGCCAUCUGCCGCCGCACCACCUACGACGGCAUCGGCGGCCUCCCGCUGCCCUCCGCCCUGCAGGACUUCCUCAAGGAGUAUCACUACAAGCAGAAGGUGCGCGUGCGCUGGCUGGAGCGGGAGCCGCUAAAGAUCAAAUAGAGAGGGGGGGCUCGUCCGGGGUCUCUCGCUCGCCGGCGGCAGGAGGACUGAGGCAAAGCAAAAACUGCAAAGUGUCCAUACCUGUU